CGUGUGAAAGUACCAAGCGGGGCACCCGCUGCCCACCUCCAGAGCAGCGCCUGUAAGGCAGAAUGAAAUACUAGGCUGCCCGGCUUGUCGUGCGUCUCCCUGCCGUGCUGUGUGAAUCGCCACUUCCACAUGAUCUGUAUCCGAGAUAAAUUCAGUCAGAAUAUUGGACGGCAGAUUUCCUCUAAAGUGAUUUGGGACCAUCUGAGCACCAUGUAUGAUAUGCAAGCUCUUCACGAAUCUGAGAUUCUCCCGUUCCCCAACAUAGAGAAGAAUUUUGUUCUUCCUGAUGAAAUGAUUCAAGAAGUGAGAGAAGGAAAAGUAAUGAUUGAAGAAGAAGUGAAAGAAGACAUAAAAGAAGAGAUGGAGACUCACGCAGGCCCAGAAGAAGUAUUUGCACCUUCUGGAAAUUUAGGAAAAACAAGCGAAAAGCCAAGCAGCAAAGAGAAAGAGAAGACUUCAUCAGACUCUGGGUCCAAAGAAGGACCUGAUAAGAGGAAGCGCAACAGAGUCACUGAAAAGGUCUUAAACGCAAACAGUAAUCCUUCCAGUCCAAGUGCUGCAAAACGACGCAGAACGUAAAGAAAGCUGUGAAAGAGAGAAGUAUUUAACUAUGGCACGUGAAGAGGCAACGUUCAAAAACAAAUAGAAGGAAAGUCAUUACAUGGACUUUGUAAGAAAAGAAAAGGUAUCUGAGCCAGGUGUAUUUGAAGAAUCUGCACAUUGGCUUUACACAUGCAACGGUUUGCCUGUCUUUCCUGAUUUGUUUAUUAGUCAGCACUGAGUAGCUGAGUGAUAGCUACUUUCUCAGGGCAUUGAGGGAGGACGCUGGCAGCUUUAAAAGUUUAUGCGUACUUAACAAUUCCAGUGGUUGUGUUUCAAACCACUAACACACUGUCAGCAUAACUUACGAAACGAGUGCUCAAUGAAACAAGGAGCCUUAAUUCAUUAAAAGCUUAAGUUAUUUCUAUACAUUUUGGAUCUUUUUCUUGCCUUUGCUUUGUUGCUUUCUUUGAAUAUUACAGACCCUCUACGGGUAAUGUUGUUUGGCUGUUUUACUUAUUGCAGACAUAGCAUUUGUAUCAAAUGUCUGGCUUUGUUGGUUCAGUAAAACUAAAAGUAUUGUAAAUCCAGAUCACUAGUGAGUUGAAGUAUUCUUUCAUACUAUUAUAUUUACUGGAGGAAAAAGGAAACCUCUGCUACCUGGAUCCUUCGUGGUGUAACUUUUUUUCUCUAGUCUUUAUAAAUACGUAUACUUUAAGGGAAGUGAAAAUGACAGUGUCCCUAGGCAGAGUAAUUAAUCAGUGUCCUCAAUAAAAUAUCCAGUGGUGUCGCAUGGUAUUGAUAGGGAUCAGCUGUGUUGUGCAUAAACCUGGAGAUGUUGGUUCAUCCGUAUGUACUACAGUAGUGUACAUAACAAUGAGUUUUAUACUUUGUUAUUUAACUUUUGAAAAGCAAUUUUAUUAGAUGUUAAGUACUGCAAAAUGUUGAUCCUGUUCUACAUCUUAAAUAUUCUGAAGUAGUUUUAGUAAAAAAUUUACUAGCGUAUUGUAAUGCUUAUCUUUUAUAUGCUACAGUAUUGAAGUGUGGUAGAAGUUAUUAUUUUUGAGUUGCCAAAAGCUGGUUGGCUCUUAACAAACACAGGUUAAAUGGUGAAUGAAGCUGGAUGAGAUGUUACUCAGUGUGUUUCCCCAUGUGAACUAUAAUUUAAUAAAUUAGAAGAAUUCUUAACCUAGCAGUAUUGCCUUCAAGGUUAGAAGCUAGAGACCUACUAGCUUUUGUUUUUACUCUAAGCACAUAGCCAAGUUCUUGUCUCUUUUAUUCACUUUGCUUAUUUUAUGCUAAGAAUAAAUCUGACGUUCGUUUUAUUAAAUGGUAGUUGUUGCAUAACUUAA